CGAUGAUGCAGAUGCUCCGAUAGCGUUGAUGCCACCGAGAAAUCGAGAGUGCUGAUUAUUUUUCUGUUCUAUCAAUAAUUUCAAAAGCGUUUCGGACCUCGUGCCGGAUACUCGGUUAUCAGCGAUAGAAAAACGUGGGAAGAAAUGAAGAUCGAUAUCGGGAAUUUUGCGGUUUAGCCUGAAGAUCCGUUUAACAAAAAUUUGAUUAACAUACGAGGCGGUCGGCUCGUCUGGAAUAUGAGGAACAGUUUUAAUUAAAAUCAUCUGAACUUUGAGUGUUCAUUAUUAAUUACCAGUGAAAGAAUUUUUUUGGUGGAUCUUCAGCGAAUUGGAUACAGUCAGUGCAUGAUGAUCGGUCCGUCAUCGGGCACGAGUAAUGUGCCUAACCGAGAAGCUUCAGAGAGUUCAGUGCGCGUCAAGAGGAAGGUUUUUGACGACCUGGACAUUGAGAGCUUCUGCGAGGAAGUUUGUCAAAGUGGAAAGAAACGAUACUUGACGGAAUUGCAAGCAUCUGCUGAAGGAGAUACGACAAUGAAUUCAAAUUUCUUGGCGUUAUCCGGCCAGGAAGCAAGCACUGCGGGAUCGGUGGCGAGAUUGGAAGUUCUGGUGGUCGAUGGUACCUGGGAUACGACGAAUCUGGGUACAAAUUUGACGGACUUGACAUCUGUAGGACAUGAUACCAACGUCUCGACCUUGGCCGAUAUUCAAUCUAUAGAGAAUUACGGCACGAUACCGUACUGGGAAUCACCAGGGGAUAUUUCCACUUCGGGAGUACCAGCUACUCCGGGAAAUACGGCAACCAAUGUCCUGGUACCUCCUAGUAUGCCAGUAGAGGAUCAGGAAAAUGGGAAUCUAUCUUGGCUUUUGGAUUUCAAAUUAGAUUCGUUUAUUGAAGCUCCCGAAGAGAAGUCCUGCGAACCGGGACCGCGUGAAAGUCCAUCUGGUAACAGGAAUAGAUUUCAUUCUCAGAGCCGUGUUAAUGGCUCCGUUUCUUACACUAAUGAAAUGAAGAGGCCUUAUAAUCAUGACGGUCCAGGAACAUCUUCGUUACACCAAAAUCUGAGCAAUGGCUACACCGUGACUGAUAAUCGUAACAUAUCUGCCAGUCGAUACAACGGUCCAAAAAAGCCACCGUUUACGUAUACAGAACUGAUAGAGCAUGCACUUCAGGAAAGAGGAGAAUUAACAGUAUCUGCAAUUUACCAAUGGAUCUCGGAACAUUUUCCAUACUACAAGAGCAACGAUGAUCGCUGGAAGAAUUCUGUGCGGCAUAAUCUUUCCAUUAAUCCACAUUUUCGCAAAGGAUCUAAAGCACCACAUGGUGCUGGACAUCUUUGGGCCAUUGCAAAUCGUGGUGACUCCAGACCUCGACAGAUUACACCUGGUAUAAGCUCUGGAGCAACUGCUAGACAGAUUGUAAAGAAUGUACAGGAUUCUGUGUAUCGAAAGAAUGCUAACAAUGCUAGUCAAAUAAUCAGUAUGGAUGAAGUAGCAGCAGCUACAGCCAGCAUUCAACAACCAGAAGAUACUAAUAGUAUCGUAAAUUCAGUAACCUUGGAACACUGCGCGGAACAAAUCCUUAGUGGCAUAAAGCGUGAGGUAGAAGUUCAAUAUCUGGUUCCUAUGGCGGUUCCUAAUAAUGGAGAACAUCAGGAUCCUGGUCAGGAAAGUCAGCAAAGCUGCCAAACGGUUAAAGAAACUGAUUUUUUGAAUCCAGUUUCCAAGGAGGUCGUCGCCGAGGAGUGUGGUCUUAUAGGGGAGGGUUAUCUAGUCACGGAUCUUAAUCCUACAGCCUUGGGUCUUAAUAUGGUCGAGCCAGAAAUCAUUUCGCCGGAAAAUCUUUUUGGGGAGGAAUUGAGCUUUCAGUUUUACGAAUUGACGUCGCCGUCGCAACUCCAGUCCGCUUGACACACGGAGAAGAGUAAGAUUCGGUUGAUCUUUAUAGACCAGUCAAAGUUCCAGAACGUUCAGAUAGUCGAUAAUAACGUGCCAGUUAACACGGGACAAGCCAAUGAGGUCACGAAUGAUCUGAUGUGCAAUGGGAAUGGCAAAGUCAUUAGCGAAUUGACAUCUCGUAGAAAAGAGUCAUUGAUUAACGACGAUGAGAAAAAUUAUAACGAGGAUACGGUCAAUUGUAAAGUUCAUAGCUGAUCGUAUUUACGAUGACGGAACUUUUCUUCUAAUUUUAUUUUUUAUUUAUUUUUUUCUCUAUGCAAUUGCCAUUUCUUUAACCCAUUUUGGCCCGUCCCAUAAAGUAGCAAGAGGAUCACUUAAAUUCAUAUUACAUAUGACGAUUGGUCUUAAGAAUAUUUAAGGCUGUACU